AUGAUAAUGUCAUCAAUGAUCGAUGUGGAAUUUCGUUGUCCUAACGCAAGUUGUUAUCCAUUAGCUAAAAUUUCAGUGUCUCGGCUGCUAUAUUGCCAGACUGCUUGCUUAGCUCAAGAACGAUGUCGUACCAUCAAUUUUCAUCAAUCAAAUAACCUAUGUGAAUUAUUUGCUGAAGUGCCUGACAAUAAUGAUACCAUAUUAGCAAAUACUGGAACUGUACUUAUGACUAUUAUUGAUGGAACACGGGUGCCUUUUGAUUAG